CACGUUGUAUGAUGGAGGACGAUGAAAUUGCUUUGCCGGCGGAUACACUAGCCAUAUUAAACGAAUUUCUAUCGGAGCGCUCACAGCGUGAACGUGAAGAAGAAGAGCAAGUGAAACACAAAACCGGCAAGGAUGCACAGUUCGAAGAGGAUUGGCAACUUAGCCAGUUUUGGUACAGUGCAGCAACGAAAGCUGCCAUGGGUCAGGCUGUAGACAAAAUAGUAAAGGAAUCUAAGGACCAUACAAACUUUCGUAUAGCUUUGCUCUCCUGCCCCUCACUGUAUCCGACAAUCAAAGAUGUACACAGCAACGUAAAUAUCUUUGAGUAUGAUCAAAGAUUUGCGGCCUUUGGAUCCGAUUUUGUACUUUAUGACUUUAACGAAGUGGAUACAACUACAGAUUAUCUCUUGGAACACCACAAAUGCUAUGAUUUAAUUAUAGCCGAUCCACCUUUUUUAUCAGAGGAAUGCAUGACUAAAAUGUCCAAAAUCAUAAGAAAUUUGCAAAGGAGCACUGACUCCAAACUGAUCUUUUGCUCCGGAGAAGUGGUAGAGCCUUGGCUGACUGCCUGCUUACCCAUACACAAAUGCAGCUUUAGACCGGAGCAUGAACGAAAUUUGGGUAACGAGUUUGUAAGUUAUGCAAAUUUUAAUUUUGACCAUUUUGUUGAAAAUAAAUAGCGCAUGCUGUGUCUUAAAUGCGAA